UGCCGUCAUUAUUUAUCUUUUCUUUGCACGCUAUCUUGUUGGUUCUCCGACCGUUCCCUCCUCCGAUGUUCACUUCGUCUCCGUCGUUAAAAAUGGAGGUGAUUGGCUGCCUCUUCUCAAGAAGGUCUCUGUCUGCAUUUCCGAUUCUCCCUCCUCGCCGUCGCCGGUGCCCAUUUCAGUCUCCAUCCCUGGUUCCUCUCAUGAUGUCCUCCUCCCCUUCUUCUGCCCAGGAGGCUUACAAAGGGCCCCGACCAAGGAGGGAUUUGGUGGGCGAUUGGGUCUCCAACAAUAACGGGCUUGUCCGGAGCUUGCCCAUCUAUGUCGGUGGCCUCUCGUUGCUUGUCGUCCUCCUUAAUCGUGCCUUCUCUGGCAUCGCCCUUGUUACCGACGCUUCAAGUUCACAAUCUAGAGCAGAUAUUUUGACGCUUUCACUGUCUGUAACCAAUCUUCUCACUGGUCUGGUGUGGUUGUCGAUUCGUCCAAAAUAUGUUUCUCCGGUAAUUCCUUGUGGGGUAGAGUGUAUGCGAAUAAACUUGGAUAUUGCGGAUCUUGCCAUUCAUGAGUUGCGAUGGGUAUGGGAAUCUCUUUCAUCCACAACCUGUUGUAGAUCCUUGGUGGUUAUUUAUGGAGGAAAUUGCUUUCUUCAAAUUGGAAUUGCAGCUGAAUCCCAAAAUGAGACUGGAGUUGCAAUGGUAGUUGAUGUACAUAAAUUGCUUCAAGGAUCACUCUGUAGAAGUGCAAUUGGAUCUGGAAAACAAAGCUAUUUGGCGAACCUUUCUCUUUAUCCAGGAAGGUCUGAGCUUCCCUUUUUGCCAAGUAAUACACAGUCAGUAAUCUUACAACCGCUUGGAGAUAGAGGAAUUGCUAUCGUUGGUGGUGACAUUAUCAGGGGAUUCACCAAUCUUGAUCAGGCAUGGAUAACAUUAAUUGCAGAGAAGUUGGAUGCUACAUUGUCAGAAUUAUAGGGAGCAUUGGAGAUCCAUGAUUGUUUGAUUGUGGCAAGGAGGGAUGCCGAUGCCUUUGGCGUGGUGCAUUUAUAUGUUUCGGCAUGUCUACGAAACUAUUGGCAUGGCAGGAAUCGACUCCGUGAUUUGUUUGGCACCUUACAUAUUGGUGAACUUGACUAUCUGAGAUGGGUUUUUGUUUUGUCUAUUUUUUGUUGUUGUUGUUGUUUGGGCUACGUAUGAUCCAACUUUCUUUUAGGUGUAGUUUCAAUCCUUGUUCCUUUUUGUAUCACGGCCGCUUAUGAAUUCAUGGAACGCGUCAGUUGUAUGCUGUAAACUACCUUUUAUGUA